AUGAGCGCGGCGUGGCUGCACACUGCCAUCGUUCAACACAUGAUCAACCGGAUUCAGAACACACGCCGUCACCUUAGGGCAGCAUGGGUGUCAGUCCAAGUCGAGUUUCAAGGUCGAUACUCCGUAGACCGUCUUCAGAGUCUAGACUCGUACUCGAAAUCAAAGAAAACGCCACGACUUCUAGCAGUACUAGCCUUGAUGCCAUUACCAAGCCUCGCAAUCAGCUUACUUACAGAAGUGCCCCCUCUCAGCCCUCCAGAAACGGCCACCAUGUCCAUGGCUAUCGUUGCUGGGAUAGCUGCUCUGACUGUCUUCCCGUUACCGUUCGGCUUACUCGCUGUGGGACUACCCAAAGCCAUCUUAAAAUCAGCGUGA